AUGAGUGCCCCCCACGACCCUGCCUCUGUCCCUGUGGUUGCCAGCCAGGGGAAACUGGGGGGCUGGAGCUGUCCAGGUGGGGGCAGUGGCUCCCUGCUUUCCCGCCGGCACCAGGAGCUGCGAGCCUUCCUCAGCCUUCUGGAGGACAGUUUUCUCCAGGAAUUCCUCUCCAAAGAUCCCUGUUUCCAGAUCUCGGAUAAGUAUCUCUUGGCCAUGGUGCUGGUUUACUUCCGGCGUGCCAACCUGCAGCUCAGUGAAUAUACCCACAGCAGCCUGUUCCUGGCACUGUACCUUGCAAAUGACAUGGAGGAGGACCUGGAGGACCCCAAGUGCGAGAUUUUUCCCUGGGCGCUGGGUGAAGAUUGGCGUCCUCGGGUGGCGGACUUCCUGCACCAGAGGGACAAGCUGUGGGCCCGGAUGGGCUUCCGGGCAGCUGUGAGUCGCCAGAGCUGUGAGGAGGUCAUGGCAAAUGAGCCAUCCCACUGGGCCUGGACCCGGGAGCGGCGCCCCCACCACGGAGGUGCUCAGAGGGGCUGCCCAGAGGCCCCAGUCUCCCUGCCCCGGGGCCCUGGGCUCUCUCCGCCCCACUGCUUCCUCUGUGGCUUGCCCCCAUGCCACCGCCACCCCCACCUGCCUGGCCCAUCCAUGUGGCCUUCUCCAACCCCUGUGUGGCAUCACCCUCUGUCCCACAAUCAUCUCUCAGUGGUCAGAGACCUCUGGGCUGGGGGCUUCCUCCUCGUCCUGCCACCCCAGCUGUACCUGGAGCCGGGCGCCUACACCCUGCACAGUAAGGAGCUGGGUGGCGGCCCCCGCGAUUCUCUGCAACCAGCCACUGCGCCCUGGGCUGCCGGGGCUGCCCUUGCUCGGCCUGUCCAGGCCCCUUCCGAGUGCCUGGGCCACCGGCGGGGUGUCUGGAAGGGUGGUGCCCUGCGUCUUCCCCAGCUUCUCCUCUGUCGCCAGGGGCUGGGCUGA